AUGGAUUCCUGGACCGCCCACACGCCGUCGCCCAACCUGAAGUUUGAGAGCUCGCCCACCGAGUCUCUGCUCUCGACACCGAGCGAGAUGUACCCGUCUUUGUUUGGCACCGAUUCCUCCUCGGCCGUCAACCCCCUCGAGAUGAUGACGCCGAGGUCGUACUCCGAAGACCCUCAGUCCGACGCAUCCGUCCUUGCCGGCAUGACUCCCGCACCCGAGACGCCUUCGGCCUCGGGCCCCGGCUCGGAGAAGAAGCAGACUAAGAAGAGGAAGUCGUGGGGUCAGGUGCUCCCAGAGCCUAAGACCAAUCUACCUCCUAGAAAACGCGCCAAGACCGAGGACGAGAAGGAGCAGCGCCGUGUUGAGCGCGUCCUGCGUAACCGGAGAGCCGCCCAGUCGUCCCGAGAGCGGAAGCGGCAGGAGGUAGAAGGCCUGGAACAGCAGAACAAACAACUCCAAACACUUCUCCACCAAGCCCAGCAAACCAACUUGGCCCUGAUCGAGGAGCUGAAGAAGUUCCAGCGUAGCUCGGGCGUCGCUCUUCGCCCAUCACCCGUCACGUUUUCACACGAGCUCUUCAGCUCUCAAGAUGGCCACAGCAUCCCGGUCGGUGAAGCAAGCUCUUUGGAACAUCUCCUCACCACCAUCCCGGCCAACACCACGGUGAACCCCGCAUCCCUGUCUCCCACCCUUACCCCCGUCCCCGAGGCCGAGGAAGAAGAAGAUGAGGCAGCUACAGCGGCAACCCCUCUGGCAGACAACACCAGCUCAAUGAAGGAGCAUGCUUCCCCCGACGCGACACAACAUCCUGCUGCGAUGUUGUGCGAUGACCUGCAGUGUCGGUCGGCGGGAGCAGCUCCUUCGGCGUGGCUGGCGACGUCCCAGCAACAUGAUGCUUUCUCUAUGUCAGCGCCCUUUGACUCAGAUCGCUAUGUCAUUGAAAGCGGGCUUCUCGCUUCCCCCAACUCCAUCGAUCUUGAAUACGAUUAUAUGGCUGGUGACGACGCCUCAGCCUUCCCGUUCUCGAACGACUUCGACAUCAACGACUUCCUGGCCGACGACAGCGCCAGCAACGAGCAGCAGACGCAGCACCAAUCCUACGGCUGCGCGGCCGCAGACUCGUCCUUCCACAACCCUAAGACUGAGGUCUCUUCGGAAGAUCCUUACCUGCAGCCCCACUCUGGCGCGUCCCCUGAUGGAUGCGACGAUGGAGGCAUUGCGGUUGGUGUCAUCUGA